AUGUGUGAAACUAAGGAGGUUUCUCCAGACUCGAUCAAUGUGGAUAAUAGAAGAGCUCAUGCUUAUUUGAAAGGCUGCGAAGUCAAAGAAGUGCUUGGCUCUGAUUCUGGUAGAAAAGCAAUAUUUUUGCUUUUGGAAAAAGAAAACGAAGGACAAGCAGUUCUGAUAAUGGACAAAACGGCUUUCAGCGAGACACAGGGUGAUAUCACUCGACUCGUGCACAACUUGGAGUUGACUGAUAACUCUAAGAAUGAUAUAUUUGCUAAUUACUCAGGGACUGUUCCCACAGACUUGAAUAUACUCAGAACUCAACUGAUUCAUCCCGCAACUCCGACUUUAAUAGCCAAGUAUCGCGUUGAGGAAAAGUAUAUCAUCGAAGAAACACCAGAUGAUCAUGAAAAAAUUACCAAAGUUUACAUCGAAAAGUUCCAAAACAGUCUGCAGUGGGUUUAUAAUAUAUUGGAAAAAAAGGCGGAAGUAGACAAAAUGGUUUUUGAGGACCCUGAUCCACAAAAUGGCUUCGUACUUUCUCAAGAUAUUAAAUGGGAUGGCAAGAGGAUCGAAAAUCUUUAUUUGUUGGCCAUCGUAAAUCGUCAUGGCAUUAAGACUAUAAGGGAUUUGACUGGUGAUGACGUGCCAAUGUUAAAAGGAAUAAAAGAAAAAUGUCUUGAAGUAAUCAAUCAGAAGUUCGGAUUACGAAAGGAUCAGGUUAAAGCCUAUUUCCAUUACCAACCUUCAUUCUAUCAUUUGCAUGUACACUUUAUUAAUUUGAAAUAUGACGCUCCCGCAUCUACAACACUCAGUGCCAUUUUGCUUGAUGAUGUCAUCAAUAACCUGACAAUCGUUCCUGAUUUCUAUCAGAAGGCUACUCUGAGCUUUACUAGAAAGAAAUCCGACAAGUUACUUAACUUAUUCCGAGAGGCAGGACGUAUGACUCUUUGA